AAUUGAAAGAAAAGUUUUUCCAGAAAUAAGAGAAAAUCCGAGAUGAAGAUGAAGUGGGGAAACAAAGAUGUGGAGACAGCAGUUCCCCUUCUGCCGGAGUUCGUCUCGGAGAGGAAUAAUUUCGAGGGAGCUUCGGUUUCCGGUGCAGUAUUUAACGUCUCUACCACCAUCGUCGGUGCUGGAAUUAUGUCGAUUCCAGCUACUAUGAAAGUGUUAGGCGUAAUUCCGGCCUUCAUCCUCAUCUUUGUCAUCGCUGUCUUAUCAGAGAUUUCCGCGCGUUUCCUCCUGAAGUAUACUCAUUGUGGCGACUCAACGACUUACGCCGGCGUCAUGGCUGAGUCGUUCGGGAGGCUUGGAGGUCUGGCGGUUCAGAUUUGCAUCUUGAUCACCAACAUCGGUGCCUUGAUCAUCUAUCUUAUUAUAAUCGGUGACGUGCUUUCUGGGAGUCAAUCCGACGGGACGGUACACCUGGGUGUACUGCAACAAUGGUUUGGCGUGCAACUCUGGAACACGCGUCCAAUCGCGCUCCUUUUCAUUGUGCUGUUUGUGUUGCUUCCCCUCGUCCUGCUGCGCCGUGUAGAGUCUUUGAGGUUCACAUCAGCCAUAUCCGUUUUACUUGCUGUGGUGUUUGUGGGCAUAAGCGCGGUGAUAGCUCUAUCUGCCCUCUGGGAAGGUAAAACAAAGACCCCGAGACUGCUACCAGACUUGGUCAAUCAGGCAUCCUUUUUUGAUCUCUUCACUGCUGUUCCGGUCAUUGUGACGGCUUUCACCUUCCACUUCAAUGUUCAUCCGAUAGGAGCAGAGCUUCGGAGACCUUGUGACAUGGUCUCAGCUGUGCGGAUUUCACUAAUACUAUGCUCCAUCAUAUACUGUUCUGUUGGAUUUUUUGGCUACCUGCUAUUUGGUGACUCCAUCAUGUCUGAUAUACUUGUCAAUUUCGAUCGAAAUUCUGGUUCCACGAUCAGCUCAUUGCUUAAUGACACAGUCCGCUUAAGCUACGCACUCCAUCUUGUGUUAGUCUUUCCUCUUCUAAACUUCUCUCUAAGGGCCAACAUUGAUGAACUCCUGUUUGCCAAAUCCCCCAUCUUGGCUUCAGACAACAACCGAUUUUGGGCCCUUACCUGUGGUCUACUUGGGUUAAUCUACAUAGCUGCGAUAGCCAUCCCAAAUAUUUGGUAUUUCUUUCAGUUCAUGGGAUCAACAACAGCAGUCUGCCUUGCAUUCAUCUUCCCAGGUGCAAUAGUCCUGAGGGACGUUCACGAAGUAUCCACAGGAAGCGAUAGGAUCUCAGCAGCAGUCAUGAUAGUUUUGGCUAUAGUUACAAGCUCUAUUGCCAUUUCCACCAAUAUUACAAAUUUAACCAGAAGCAAAUUGUAAUUCUUGUUGUAUUAAAUUGAAAAUGUUAAUUCCGGUGGUCACCUAUUAUCAAAUUUCAAUCUUAAAAUUCCAUGUACAAUAUUAAGUGAGAUUAAUAGAUAACUGUUAAUAUGGUAUGGUUCUAC